AUUCACAAUAAAUUAAACCAUUUUGUUGUUUUAUCGAUCAGAGCACCUUUUUAGUUGGGUCGUCUAUCAUGGAGUUUAUUAUGGUCAUGCUAUUCACAUUGGCCACCAUUUUCUUCUUGAAAAAAUGGUUCUGUUUUGGCAGCAAGAAACUGGGUCUCCCACCAGGCACUCUUGGCUGGCCAUACAUUGGAGAAACAUUCCAACUUUACUCUCAAGACCCCAAUGUCUUCUUCGCCUCAAAAGUCAAGAAGUAUGGGUCUAUAUUCAAGACUCAUAUAUUGGGGUGCCCUUGUGUGAUGAUUUCGAGCCCCGAGGCGGCGAAGGUGGUUUUGGUGACCAAAGCUCAUCUCUUCAAGCCUACAUUCCCAGCUAGCAAAGAGAGGAUGCUGGGGAAACAGGCCAUUUUCUUCCACCAGGGAGACUACCAUUUCAAGCUCAGGAAGUUGGUUCUCAGAGCUUUCAUGCCGGACGCCCUCAAGAACGCGGUCCAGGAUAUCGAUUCCAUCGCCAAGCACACGGUUCAGUCCUGGGAAGGCAGGCUAAUCAACACCUUCCAAGAAAUGAAGACGUACACUUUCAACGUGGCAUUGCUUUCUAUAUUGGGAAAGGACGAGGUUAUUUACAGGGAGGAUCUGAAGAGGUGCUACUACACCCUGGAGAAGGGCUACAAUUCGAUGCCGGUUAACAUCCCGGGAACGCUGUUCCACAAAGCCAUGAAAGCCAGGAAGGAGCUGGCUCAAAUCUUGGGGGAAAUCCUGUCAAUUAGGAGGAGUACGAUGAAGAACAACGACAGCCCUAACGACUUGGUCGGAUCAUUCAUGGGCGACAACGAAGGCCUCACCGACGAACAAAUCGCAGACAACAUAAUUGGCGUGAUUUUCGCGGCCAGGGACACCACAGCCAGUGUUCUUACUUGGGUCCUCAAGUACUUAGCUGAGAAUCCCUCUGUCCUGGAAGCUGUCACAGAAGAGCAAGAGGCCAUAUUGAAAGGCAAAGAGGGGCAGGUUCUGUGUUGGGAACAUACCAAGAAGAUGCCUUUAACUUCAAGGGUGAUUCAAGAAACACUUAGGGUGGCAUCAAUUCUGUCUUUUACUUUCAGAGAAGCUGUUGAAGAUGUUGAAUUUGAAGGGUAUCUCAUACCAAAAGGGUGGAAGGUGUUGCCUCUCUUUAGAAACAUUCAUCACAGCCCAGAAAAUUUCCCAGACCCAGAAAAAUUUGAUCCUUCAAGAUUUGAGGAAGCUCCCAAACCCAACACAUUUAUGCCAUUUGGAAGUGGGAUCCAUGCAUGUCCUGGGAAUGAGUUAGCCAAGCUUGAGAUUUUGAUCCUUGUACAUCAUCUCAUCACAAAAUACAGGUGGUCUAUGGUGGGCCCACAGAAUGGAAUUCAGUAUGGACCCUUUGCUCUUCCACAGAAUGGGUUGCCCAUAAGGCUGUCUCUCAAAGAAACCCCAUCCACACUCAUACAAUAAAAGUUGGCAUUUUCUGUUCUGAGGCACAAUAAACAUGAACAGACAAAAUCAAUCAGCAAAAGUGUGAGAAAAUUUUAGGGAGAAAUUAAGCAAAUUGUAAAUAGUGUGUUCCCAUGCAUACUACAAUAAGAGUUGUAAGGGAACUAACUCAAAUUGAGUUGACUAGAGAUCCAUUAUUAUUAUUAUUUUAACAAAAUAAGAAACUCAUAUAGAGCAAAAGCCAAAGGGGUUAGUUUAACAUCAUAGUUAAAUUCUUAUUUUUUUGUUGCAUUGUUUGUUAGUUUCUUGGCAUGCUUGUAAUGUAAUCUAGUUGGAAGUUAUUGGAAAUCUCCUUUUUGACGGCA